CAUCCAAGAUAAUUGAUAAACAUUUACGGGAUCGAAAUUUUGUAGUCUUUGAUUUUACUAAGGCCAUCGAUGAUCCUCUAGCAGUUAGAUUGGGAUGGGACACCCCACUGAAAUUAGAUGAAUAA